AUGAGCAUACUGGACCACGCCGGGAAGCCAUGGCGCACCAAAGGUAAUACCGAAGCCAAAGGCGUUAAAUAUUCGAGCUCGAGCUCAACGUGCCGGGGCUGGGGAAGCUUCAUGGAGACCAAAGACCUGGACAAGGAGAAGCAGUUCAAGGAUGACGGCGUGUCCAUCCUAUGCGACGUCGCCGUCUACGACACGCGCGCUGCCAACUACCGCGCCGGGCUCACGCCCACGGGUACCGUGGUGCCCCCGAGCGAGCUGCACCAGCAGCUCGCGGUGGUCCUGUGGGAGUCCAAGGAGGGGGUGGACGUGGAGAUCGAGGCCGGCGGGGAGACCUUCGCGGCGCACAGGUGGAUGCUCGCCGCCCGGUCGCCCACCUUCAAGGCGGAGCUCGCGCUGACUACCGCAACGAACAUGCUACACAUCGACGGCAUGGAUGCUGCAGUCUUCAAGGCCAUGCUUCACUUCAUCUACACGGACACGCUGCCGAAGGAGGUAGAGCUGGCGACGAUGGCGAAGCCGCUGCUCGUGGCGGCGGACAAGUACAAGCUCGAGAGGCUGAAGCUGAUCUGCGAGGAGGAGCUGUGCGGGCACAUCGGCGUGCAUUCGGUGGUGGCCGCCAUGCUGGCGCUGGCGGAACAGAACUGUUGCCGCGUGCUCAAGGAGGCUUGCACGCAGUUCCUCUCUGAGCCCGGGAAUCUGAAAGCAGCCAUGGCGACAUCUGAUUUUGAGCAGCUGAAGACGGGUUGCCACCAUGCUCUUAUGGAGCUCGUCAUGAAGCAGUAUAUUACCGCGACAGAAGCAUAG